GUAUCCAUCUGUGUCCAGGUGGCUUAUGGGAUGGAGCAUAUGUCCAAUCACCGCUUUGUCCAUAAGGACCUGGCUGCCCGUAACUGCCUGAUCAGCGGCCAACGCAGCGUCAAAAUCUCAGCUCUCAGCCUCAGCAAGGACGUUUACAACAAGUAAGAGAUGGGGCCUGCCACGUGUAGUUACGGUCCAUCAUGUGAAUAGAAAGUAUAGCACAUUUGUACUAGGAUAAUGUAUGCAGCCAUGGUUAAGCAUAAAGUCAAGACAAAAUAGUAACAUCAUGCACAUAAGUAAACUCUCUUGACAUUAGUCUGUAUCUGUCUGUCUGACCCUCUGUACAUUUGUCUGUCUGUGUCCUUCCAUCCGACUGUCUGUCUGCAGUGAGUACUACCACUACCAGCAGGUGUGGAUCCCCCUGCGCUGGCUCCCGGCCGAGUCUGUGUUUGAGGAUGACUUCUCCACCAAGUCAGACAUCUGGGCCUUCGGGGUGCUCAUGUGGGAGGUGUUCAGCCACGGGAAACUGCCAUACACCAAACUCAGUGAUGACGAGGUGCUGGAA